AUGGAUGGCCUCGGGCUUCUCAAACCAGCAAAGUACAUCCGGCUGGCUGAUGACAACAGCUUAGAAGCUUUGGUUUCUUUGAUGCAAGAUUAUUGGAAAAUGAAUGAUCCAAAACCGCCACAGUUCAUAAUAUCAGUUAUUGGGAAUACCUCUUCUUUUGUUGAAGACAAUGAAUGGAAACAAACAUUUGGUGAUAAUUUGGUAAAGGCACUUCUUACAGCAAAUGCGUGGCUUUUCACUGGAGGACUAAAUUUUGGUCUUGUGAAAGUAGUUGGGGAUGCUGUUCGCAAAAGACAAUACCUUGUAUCUACAAAGGAUAGAAUGAUACACGCCAUUCGUUGUAUUGGGGUUGCAAAGUGGGGAUGUGUUGAAAACAGUGAUCUUCUCAUAAAUGUAGAUUCUAAGGAAAUGCAUUAUUCAAGAUACAAAGUAAAACCACAUCAUAAAUUAGAGAGUGGAAGAGCUUAUCUUAAUCCUGGUCAUACACAUUUCUUAUUGGUGGAUGAUGGUACAAAACGAAUUUGUAAAGGAACUGAGCAGUUUCGAGUAGAAUUGAUGCAUAAGAUAUCUUCGACAAAGGAAGAAGAAGGACUAGCAAUUCCAUCCAUAUUGCUGGUCCAUGGAGGUGACUUGGAUACAAUAGAUGAAAUAUUGCUUUGCCUCCAGAAAGAUAUUCCUGUUUUGUUGUGUUGUGGAUCAGGAGACAUUGCUGAUAUAAUUGCUAUGGCCAUAACAUCUUGUAAUGCUUCCAGCUCAAGGUGUGAACGAAUUAUAGCUGAAGAAGAUAAAGAUUUAAUAAGAAAUAUGUUAAAUUCUUAUUUCAAAAAGCAUUCCAAAAAUGGAACAACUUCCUUAGAUGCCAAAGUAAAAGACAUUUAUAAAUGCUGCCGGAAAAAGAACCUACUUCAUAUUUAUGAAAUACAUGGCAAUGAGAGCUUAGACCUGCACAUUCUUUCUACUGUGAUAAAGCAUAAGAGGAAUGCAACACUUCGUGAUCAGUUGCUCCUUGCAGUAAGCUGGAACCGCCCAGAUGUGGCAAAAAAAUUAUUUCCAGAUUGUGGAUCUUGGCCUUUAGAUAUCAUUGAAGAGGCCAUGACUUCUGCUUUAAUAACAAAUAAACCUGCAUUUGUACGAUUACUUUUGAAACGUGGCAUUGUCAUGAGAGAUUAUCUAACCGUUGGCCUUCUUCGAACUCUUUACAAUGAAUGUAUUUGUGAGAAUGAAGCAGCUCUAGUAGUUUUGAAAGAUUUGACUCAUAAAGACCGCUACUUUAAUCUACGAGAUAUUUCUAACUUUCUGGGAUUUCUGAUGCGUAAACAUCGCCAUGAUGUUUAUCAAAGAGAUGUUACUUGUAAAAGAGGCAUUGAACCUACUGGUAUAUCAGGAGAACACUUUGAACAACCUUUCAGAGAGCUUUUCAUUUGGGCCACUGUCGUUUUAAGAACAGAAAUGGCUUUAUUUUUCUGGAGUGAAACUCAAAAGCCUCUACAAAUGUCAGUCGUUGCCACAGCUUUGUAUUGGAGACUCAAUAUAUCAUAUGAGAAUGAAGAAAAAUCUAUUUAUGUUGACAAAAAAAAGGAGUUUGAGAAAAUAGCUGUUGGUGUUUUGGAAGAAUGUGAUAAAAUGGAUUAUAAGAAGACCUCUGAAAUUCUUAAUUAUAGAGAUCCUUACUGGGGAAAUAUGACAGUUCUUGACUUAGCAAUACUUGGAUAUGAUCGUGCUUUCAUGUCUUCAGAAACAUGCAUUAAGGUCACUGAACAGUUAUGGUUUGGAAAAUUAGAAAGUAACACAGUUUUAAAGCUCAGCUUGACUAUAUUCAAUCCUUUGCUGAUUGGACUAGGAUAUUUGAGAUAUCGAAAUGACCCUUAUGCUGAACGGGAGUCAAACAUAUUUGAAAAAAUCUACUAUUUUUAUUCAUGUCCUGCAAUCAAAAUGAUGGUGCUUUUUUACUCCUACCUGUGCUACCUUUUUCUAUUUUCCUAUGUGAUCCUUUUUGAAUUCCAAGACAUCAUUUACUGGCCAGAAAUCAUUCUUCAUGUGUGGGCAUUCAGUUUAAUACUAGACAUUGCAAAAGAGAUUGUUCAGCAACCAAGUGAUCCAAAAGACAACAAACUCAUGGAAUGGCUUCAUGGAUACUUUUGGAAUAAGUUAGAUGUUGUGUGGGUUCUUCUCUUUGUUGUUGGAGGAUCUUUACGUCUAGCAUCACAGUUCUUGGAUAUUGAUCAUUGGAUAGCUCUGGAUGAUAUUCAUCUUAUUUAUACUUUCAGCUGUAUACUUAGUUACAUCAGGCUGUAUGAAUUUUAUAUGACCAUGUCUCAUAUUGGCCCAAAACUUAUUGUUCUCAAAAGGAUGAUAGGUGAUCUCAUUGUAUUUUUCCUCAUCGUUGCAGUAUGUAUUUUAUGUUAUGGCAUUGGUCGUGUUGCACUUUUACAUAGAGAACGUCAACCAUUUUGGAAUGUAUUUACAGAAAUAUUUUCAUUACCAUACUGGCAUUUAUUUGGAGAAUUAGAUUUGGAUGAAGAUUCUGAAUCCAGGUUUCCAACAUGCAGAAAUGACUCAGAGUAUUGCCGUCAAAGUCCUCAUGCAUGGACUGUUCCUAUCAUGCUAGCUAUAUAUAUGCUCAUCGGAAACAUACUUUUAGUCAAUAUGCUCAUUGCUGUCUUUACUCAUGUAUUUGAUGAAGUGAACACUAAUUCCAGAGAAAUUUAUUUAUUUGAAGUCUAUGUAUCAGGACUGCAAUUUUCACGUCGUUCUAUUCUUCCUCCACCUUUUCUUAUAGUGGAAGAUUUGAUAUAUGGAACAUAUUAUGUAUGCAUGAAAGCUUACAUGAAAAUCUACUCUAAGUGUUGCUGCUGUCUUCAGGGACGCAAUGAAAAAUGUAAAAUGCAGAGGAGACUGCAACGUGUUUAUGUAGGAAAUUUGCGAUUAUUUGAAAAAGAAGCACGGGCCAAGUACAUAAAAAAAGCUGGUGCCCCUGAUGAGCAAGCAUUAGAGGCAGCAAAAAUUGAUCAAAGGAUAACAUACCUGAGAGAUCUGGUUAAGAAAGUUCAUAACCUACAGUAUAAUUCAAACACAAAACGCAAUCCAAAAGGAGUGAAAAUCAAAGGAAAAGAAUUUUCUCCAAACAUAAAAGCUCAAAAUGCAUCAAAUCCAGAUAUCAGGGAACAUGAAGAUGAAGACUGGUAUACGCAACUUGAUGUAGAUGACUUUAUUUUACAAUGGUCUACAAUUAAGAAGUGUGCAUCUGAACAACAAAUGGCAAAAUCAUGGGCAGAGGCAGACCAGCGAUUAACACAAAUUGAAAAUCAUCUAACUUACAUAGUGAGUAAGUUGGAAAAUAUCGACCAAACAAUUAAUAAAACAAAUGAAGGAGGAACAUCAAUUUAACUUUGUCAAACGAACUUAUCAUUCUUAUUUAUUAAUUCAUUAUCAUACAUUAUUUAUCCCCAUCUCCCAAACGUUGUCAAAAUACUUGCCAUGUAUCAAAUUAGUUUUACAAAUUAUGU